AUGGCGUCCCAAAUCGACGCGAAAACAGCCCGCCUCCCCGUCUCCCGCCCGGACAACCACAGCAACCCGGACGACCCCAAACAGGCCUGGAACGCCGACAGCGCGUCGAAGUUCAACAACAAGAGCCACUCAAAGUACUACGACCCGUGCCAGGACUUUGCGAACAAGAGCAUACGGUGUUUGCACCGGAACGGUGGGGAUAAGGAUAUGUGUCAGGAUUACUUUCAGGCGUAUCGGGAUUGCAAGAAGGAGUGGACUACGAGGAGGCGGUUUGGGGUUUUGAGGGAGGCUGGGACGGAGACAGAGGAGGGGAAGGACGGUUGA